AUGCUGUUAGUCUGUGUAUUCUUCCUCUUUGGGCAUCUUCUUGCCGCACACGGCGAGGAUACGCCUUUCAAAUGCGUCAACACCGAUGACGACUGCCCAUCGAAAAUGUGUUUCUAUAGUAUAGAUCACGAAGAGCGUUGUUAUCGAGCUGGUUGUGCCGACACAGAACUCUGCCAUGGACGUCGUAACAACGAAUGCUUCAUGACAAAUUCCGUGCACACAUGUUGCUGUUUGGAGGCCGGCUGUGCGGCAGGCUAUAAAGGCCUGAACGAUUGCGUUGAUGAGCCGAAAAACUCGACUGAGGCUGUUACUUCCGUAACAGAUGUGACGACGACAAGGCUCGCUAGCGCCGACAUUUCGACGGUUGCACCAACAACCCCCAAGGAGCAGACGUCACCAACAACAGCGAAGCCUCCAAGUGCAAGUAUGGAGGGAACUUCUACUGCAAGCACAAAGAAAGUGGCUGAAGCCAGUACUGAGAAGCAAAUGGCAGCUACAGCUGAGACCACUGCUUCAGAAGCUGCUUCUACUCGCACUACGGCCACCACCACAUCGUCACAGACGGCACCAUCCUCUGAAGUGCGAAGGGCGCCAGUAGCCACAACUUCGAUUAGUACAACCGAGAAGCAAGAUCCCACUACUGCUAGAACGACCGUCAGAGCUAUUCAUCCGCUUCGUCCUCUUCCGGACCUAUCCCAUAGCGAGAACAAGGUUGUCACGAAUGGAAGAGAGCCAAUAGAACUAACAACUACGACUACUCGCUCAGCAAAGACACACCCCAAAAUGAGGGUCGAAUCAUUCGCCGAACCAAGGGCUGCGGAGUCGGAAAGCAUCUUUUCGCCUGCGAUGAGGGAUGAACAACAGCCAAAGACCAGAAAAUCUUCAGGAGAAUCUUCUAAAAAAGCAUCGGGAGACGAGAAGAAAGCCACUUCAUCUCUGAUCUCAGUGUAUGAGGUGACAACACAAGCUGUGAAAAACAGAGAGUCUCAGGAGGAAUGGAAGGCUCCCGUGCCGUGGUGGUCAGCCGUCAUUCUCGGAUUCCUCGUGGCAGUUAUUACUGCAUGGGUUGUCGUUUUCAUCAUAAGAAAGAAAAGAGCACGAGAAACUGAAACUCCUAACAGAGCUACUGAAAAGGAGCAAGGACUCGUCGAUCCGCUGCUAAGAGCUUCUGAGGAAAAUUCUCGUCACUCGGAUAAUUCUCGCAUUUGA